UCUGAAGCCAGCAUGAUGAAGGCCAAAAACGUUUACUUGCUCUUCGCCUUCCUUGCCGUCCUGCUCAUUGGUUUCUCAUGUUUCUGCGUCUCCAGGAUGAACCAAACAAAUAAUCAACUAAUGAACUGCAGAAACCACGUUUUGGAGUUUAAGGAAAUUAUGCUCCGUUUAAAAAACAAAAGUGAAAAUCAUCACCAAAAUCUAAUCCAAGUCUUGUAUCAAAUGAAGCAUAAAGCUGCCCACACAAGAGCAUCAGGAAACUCCCUUGAGAAGAAGGGGAACAUACUGAGUCAACACGAAACACUUCCUAACCAAUUUGAAAUCUUAAAGUACUUCCUUCCUCAUCUAAGGACAGCAGGGAAGCUUUACCCAGCUAUAGCCACCAGCAAAGGGAGAGCAGGCGUUUCGUUUGCACUGGGAAUCUCCACCAUUAACAGAAGGAACCACACCUACCUGAAGCAAACGCUGACCUCUGUUCUCUCCAGAAUGACUCCCGAGGAAGAGGAGGACUCUGUGGUGAUCGUCUCUGUCGCCGAUACUGAUGAAAGUUAUUUAAAAUCUGUUGUUCGCAUGGUUAAAACCAAAUUCAGAAAGCAAGUGCAGUCCGGCGUCUUGGAGGUCAUUUCAAUACCCACCCUUUUUUAUCCUCAAACAUUACUGGACAAGAAAAUGAAGGACUCAGAAAAUUGGCAGGUAAAACAAGUAUUGGACUUUUGUAUCCUGAUGCUGUAUGCCCAGCCCAAGGCCACGUAUUAUUUACAGCUAGAAGAUGAUAUCGUAGCAAAAAAGAUGUAUUUUACAAAAAUGAAAGACUUUGUAAAUAGUCUCACUUCAAAAAAUUGGUUUUUUAUUGAGUUUUCAGUCCUUGGAUUUAUAGGAAAACUCUUUCGAUCGAAGGACCUCACUAACUUUGUGCAUUUUUUCCUGAUGUUCUACGAAACAAAGCCCAUAGAUAUACUUCUAGAUGACAUCUUCCUGCUUCGGGUGUGCAGCCAGGGAGAGCCUGUUAGGAGAUGUUUGCAGCGAAAGAAGGGAUUUCGAAUUCAGUACAGACCAUCUCUGUUCCAGCAUGUGGGCACUCAGUCAUCAUUUCCAGGACGAGAACAGCACCUCAAGGAUAUUUAUUACUAGGAUUUUUCUAAAUUUUACAACUUCUUUAAAAAUUACCAGACUCAUUUUUGGGAAAAAGGCACAGCAAAUAUCAAAUUUUCUCGAAUAAUACUGAAGAAGAGACUACACUAUUUAUUUUUUAAAUUAAGCCUUCAGUAAUAAAGUGAGUAUUCAAAUUU